GGCCUGUGUCCUGAUUGCUGACCUCAUGGUGUAACCAGGUGUAAAGAUGAGCAUAAGCAGUGAUGAGGUCAACUUUCUUGUGUACAGAUAUCUACAGGAGUCAGGUAUGCUCCAACGCUCAAACCACAUGUCCAUUCACAUUCUGUAAACACUGGCAACAGACAGCUGUUGAAACAAUGUUCUGUAUAUUCUCCUACUCAUGUAAUGUUCUAGUGCUAUUAAAGGGUGCCUAGAAAAUGUGCACUACGAUAACAACCACAGAGCUAUUUGAAAUGUGCCAAUUCCAGAGGCACCAAAGGGAGGGAUCUGCUCAGUGUAAUGUGCUGCGUAGUGCCUACUGACAUGCUGCUCAUGCUUGCCCCCUACAGGAUUUUCCCACUCAGCCUUCACAUUUGGCAUAGAGAGCCACAUCAGCCAGUCCAACAUCAAUGGAGCCCUGGUGCCCCCUGCUGCCCUCAUCUCCAUCAUACAGAAGGGCCUGCAGUACGUGGAGGCCGAAGUCAGCAUUAAUGAGGUGAGCUCAUCUCCUCAUUCACACAACUCAUUAUCACAGCAUCUCAUCAUCUCAGCCGACUAUCAGGGAAUCUGUGGACUUAAUUACCGCAAGCCUGGUAUACUGUGAUCAAAUGCAGAAAUCAGCAUUGGUUUGAUCACAAAUCAGAAAGGAUAUGUAUGCAGUGCUAGGUUUCUGCUCUUCAGUUAUUAUGCAGUUAUUAACCAAUUUAGCUUUAUAAUGCAUUGCAUUAUUGUAUUUUAAUAGAUGGUUCUAAGAUGAUAUAUUUUUUAUUUUUUUAUUAUUAUUUAAUUUGAUUGGUGAUUUUAGCCUACCAUUGCUUAUAGCUACAGUAGUUAUUUAGCAGUUUGAAUUUGAGUCUAACCAGCUGGUCUGGUGUCCCCAGGACGGCACGCUGUUUGACGGACGGCCGAUCGAGUCCCUGUCGCUCAUUGACGCGGUAAUGCCGGACGUGGUGCAGACGCGGCAGCAGGCCUACCGAGACAAGCUAGCCCAGCAGCAUGCAGCCCAGGCCCCCCCGGCCAACACCACCAACAUGACGGCCAACGCCAAGAACGGAGAGAACACGGCCAACGGCGAGGAGAACGGAGCGCAUGCCUUAGCUAGUGAGUCUCAGUCCACGGCCCUGGCUUUAGCGUUUAUUAACUAUAACACAGAGGGAGAGGAGGGAAAAAUGUAUUUGUCACAUUGUUGAGUCAAUGCCAAUGCUGGAUGUUUUGUUAUUCAGAUCAUGCACAUGCUGAUGAGGUGCUCUCUGUGUGCCAUACAGACAACCAUGUAGACAUGAUGGAAGUCGACGGGGAUGUGGAGAUUCCCCAGAACAAAGCCAUGGUGCUCCGAGGUCACGAGUCAGAGGUGUUUAUCUGCGCCUGGAACCCUGUCUCCGACCUGCUUGCGUCCGGGUCAGUCUCUCGCUCUCGCUCUCUCUCGCUCUCGCUCUCUCUCACUCUCUCUCGCUCGCUCUCUCUCGCUCUCUCUCUCUCUCUCUCUCUCUCGCUCUCUCUCUCUCUCUCUCUCUCUCUCUCUCUCUCUCUCUCUCUCUCUCUCUCUCUCUCUCUCUCUCUCUCUCUCUCUCUCUCUCUCUCUCUCUCUCUCUCUCUCUCUCUCUCUCUCUCUCUUACUGCUGACAAGGUUAAUUUACUGGUAACACUGAGGAUGCUAAGAUAAUAUCAGUAAGCUAUUAUCGGUCACUUUCAGAUGUUAUUGCAUUUAGCCCCAAUAAUUAAAUACCUAUUUGGAGCUGUAUCCUGGUUAGAGUUGCAAAAUUCUGUUAACUUCCCAAAACGUCCCAGGUUUUCCAGAAAUCCCGGUUGUAGGUUUCUGGAUUUCCUGCUUAUUCCUUCCUAAUUCCGAGAAUCUUCCAACCUGGAUUUCUGAAAAACCUGGGAAUUUUGGGAAAGUUAACAGAAUUUUGCCACCCUAAAUCAAUAAAUUGAUUGACUGAUUUACCGAGGACCUGGGGCUUUCUGUGUUGCUGUAUUGUUGCUAAAUUGCAUUGUACUAUGCUGACUCUCCCCCCCCGGUGCAGGUCUGGGGACUCGACAGCGCGGAUCUGGAACCUGAGUGAGAACAGCACCAGCAGCUCCACACAGCUUGUACUGAGGCACUGCAUACGGGAGGGAGGCCAGGACGUCCCCAGCAACAAAGACGUCACAUCAUUAGACUGGAAUGUGAGUGAAGGGUCCACUCACUCACUCAUAACUUAACACCACCACUCUCAAAUUCCAUAACUUUAUUUCCACUUCUCCUGUUCUGAAUGUUAGGAGUCACUUGAAACUGCUUUAAUGUUUCAAAGCUUUGAUCUUUGUAAUUACCCAAAUUAUAUUGAGGUGUGCUACUGUUUUGUUCUGUAUGCUAUUUAUCCUUGCAAGGGAAAGUUUCAUUGAGCAGAAUUAUGUUUCUAUGCUGAUGUGCUGAACAAUAUGUAUUUGCUUUAAAUACUUUUAUUUAUACAAUUGAUAUCUCUUUCCACCUGACAGAGUGAGGGUACGUUACUAGCAACCGGCUCAUAUGAUGGAUUUGCCAGGAUAUGGACAAAGGAUGGUGAGUUGCCACUUUUACUGCUUUUUCAACUUACCAUGUUGUCAGUUUCAACAAUAACGCUUGCCUCUCUAAUAUAAAUGAUUUGAACCCUAGGUAAUCUUGCCAGUACACUGGGUCAACACAAAGGUCCCAUUUUUGCAUUAAAAUGGAACAAGAAAGGAAACUUCAUUCUUAGUGCCGGAGUAGAUAAGGUAAGAACCCAAACAGUCUUUUAUUUUUGUUAUGAGCUCAAGACUUGAAAUGCUAUGAUGACUCAUUAACCUCUUCUGGUAUUAAGGACUAAAAUAACCUUGUUAUUCUUAGGCGUGUUCUAAUUUAAUGUUUUUCUUUGUGUGUGUGUGUGUUUCUCCCACCAGACUACAAUCAUAUGGGAUGCUCACACAGGAGAAGCAAAGCAGCAGUUCCCGUUCCAUUCAGGUGCACUGAAUUAUCCAAUGGCUUCUUUCCUGACUCUUAAUUAACCCUAAUUAGACAUCUAUCGGUACAUACAUGACUAUAAUCAAUAAGGGUAUUUUUGUGCCGAAUCAUUCCUAGUUUCUGUCAAGCACCAAAAAAGAAGUAGCAUUCUACGUUGUUGUUUAUUCAUUUAGUUUUCUUCCGCUCUUCCUCUUGUUGUGACUCAACAGCGCCUGCUCUGGAUGUGGACUGGCAGAGCAACAACACUUUUGCCUCCUGCAGUACAGACAUGUGCAUCCACGUGUGUAAGCUUGGCCAGGACAGGCCCAUCAAGACAUUUCAAGGACACACAGUAAGUCAGCCCCCAUCACCCCACAAUGUAACACUGCUCCUGCAGCCAUUAUAGAAGUACCAUUUUGUCCAGUUUUCCAUGGGUCAGAGACUUUUCCUUUUCUCUGUCUGUGCUGAUAACUCUGCUCCCCUCCUUUCCAGAAUGAAGUCAAUGCAAUCAAAUGGGAUCCAACUGGUAACCUGCUAGCCUCUUGCUCAGACGACAUGACGCUGAAGGUAAGAUAGGAAUGAAAACUAGCUGUCUAGCUACAUCCAGAACCUCUGUCUAGCUACAUCCAGAACCUCUGUCUAGCUACAUCCAGUAUUGUCUGAGUUUUUUAUUACUGUCCCUGUUAAAUAAAUUAUAUAAAUAAAUACAUGUGCACUGUGUAAUGUUGUGCUCUGGAUUAUGUAUCAGAAAUUCAAAUAAUUUAUGUGUUGUUUAUAUCACUCUAUCAUUUUUCUUAGUUUCAAUUGUGAUGAAUACCACUCGACAAAUUGUCGACCUGAAAAAUAAACCAAGUAUAAAACCAACCAAACAUUCUUAUCUUUCUGAACAUUCAGCUUUUUUGCAUGAUCAUCACAUGUAAAACAUUUUUUUUUGUCAUUUUACCAUCCUAGAUCUGGAGUAUGAAACAGGACACGUGCGUUCAUGAUCUGCAAGCUCACAGCAAAGAGAUCUACACUAUCAAAUGGAGCCCCACCGGUCCUGGAACCAACAACCCCAAUGCCAAUCUCAUGCUUGCCAGGUACUGAAACAGAAGCACUGCUGCCCGCUCUGUGUGGGCAUUCAUUCAUUUGGAUGUGAGAGCAGCAUUACUGACAUAACCGCAGUGUUGCCCUGUUCGAGGGUAAUGGACUGAUGACUACACUGGCCAGCCACAGUCUUUGUGCCCUGACCAGAAACUCUUCAUCUGAAUUGCCCGAGUUUUCAUCUUGCUGUAUUGGGGCUUUGUGUUUGAAGUGAGCUAUGACCAUGAGCCAAGUACUUGCUUCUGGGGAGGAGGCAGAUAUAUGACAGUUUUUCCUGUGUUCCUUGCAGUGCGUCCUUUGAUUCGACGGUGCGGCUGUGGGAUGUGGACCGAGGGAUCUGCAUCCACACGUUAACCAAACACCAGGAGCCUGUCUACAGUGUGGCCUUCAGCCCCGACGGCAGGCAUCUGGCCAGCGGCUCCUUCGACAAGUGUGUUCACAUCUGGAACACGCAGGUACAGUCUGACACCAUCAAUCCCCUGGCUAUCCCCUGACACUGUCCCGUUGUCCAGCUUGCAUGGAGCGGAGAACUGUUAGUGAUAUUACCUAUUAGCUAGUUUGUUACUUAGGUCAGAUGUAGUGCUUAUUUUGGAGAUUUUAAUUUGGCUUUCGAAUGGAUUUAAAUCUAAGCAAGCUAUGGUUUAACCUUUGGCUUGUGUCUGUCAUUGUGGUUGUUGAUCUGAAAUGGUAAUGUCUUCUCUUCCUUUUCCACAGACUGGUGCUUUAGUCCAUAGUUACAGGGGGACAGGGGGGAUCUUUGAAGUUUGCUGGAAUGCAGCAGGUGACAAAGUGGGAGCAAGUGCAUCAGAUGGAUCUGUGCGUACUAAUGUUUUGAGCAUUUUCACAUACUUAAUAUAUUUGAUGUUUUCUAUUGUGUUAUGCCACCAUAAAAGUUUAUCACUCUGAGAUAUACAUCUCAAAUAAUAAUAUAACAAAAUAUAUAUUUCUUGUUUUUCAGGUUUGUGUAUUAGAUCUGCGGAAAUAACGCUGCUUGUUGGAAGCCAUGGACCGACAAUGAAUGUGUACAUAGCCAAAAUGACUGUCCCUGCCCCAUGUACUGCUAGUCUCGCUAAACCAUGGCUGGCCACUACAGACCAGAAACAAGCACCCGACACAGCAGAUUCAGGAGCAAGGACACGCUCUGUGCAGCAAGUUGGUAGGACCAGAGACAUUAAAGGGACACAGACAAAAAAAUGAAAAUGAAGAAAAAAAAGCAGAUCUGUAUAUGUACCAACAUUUGGAAGCUAUUUUGCUUUUUGAUCUUUAAACCAUGCUCAUCAAGAGAAAAAAAUAUGUUUUAACUUUGUUGGUAGUUCAGUCUCUGUGUGCAGACAUAUCGGCUUUCCAAUCCUGCGGCCGGCAGUUAGGUUUUUAAUAAAAUCAUUUAUAUUAUUUCAAUGUUUAAGUUUAUAUUUUUGGGGGUCACAAGUGGAGGUGUCCUCUUUUUUUAUACACACUCACAAAACAGUUAUUAAAAAAAAAAAAAAAAACAUAUUUGGUAGUGUACGCUUUGUGGUUCAAAACAAUAUCGGGACUUGAAGAAAAAUCUGUUUAAUUUGUCUUUUUUUUCUAUUGUAGUUUUUACUGUUGACAUCUAAAUGCAGUAGUUUUUAUUUAUUUUCUCUAAAGGAGACAUUGUUUCUCCUGACCUUAAUAUCAUUACAAAUUAACAUGGGCACACAUGAAAGAAGAGGCAUUGUAAAUCUGGAUGCUUUAAAACUAAUUUUAUGGUUGGUUUGUGCACCAUCGAUGGCGCUAGAGAAACGUUCCAUGAUUCCCCCCUGGACAAAGCUGUACUGCUGUAGCUAUCAUGUGGAAACAUCCAGUAUUGGAUCGGUUAAAGAAGAGAAGCAGACGAAUCAGUACCCAAUGACUGUCCCCCCCCUCCAGUGUGAAGGAUUGGAACUGUGAUGUCCACUGGACCUUUCACAACAGUGUUACCACUGGGCAAACUUAGGCUCCUUUUACAACAUAUAGCAAAAAGGGAAGACUUGCUUUAAGUUUUGUAUUCUAAUGAUUACUUAGCUGAUAAUGUUUCUCUCACUGAUUAUUUUCAAGUACAUUUCAUAUUGCUGAUGUAUCAUAUUUGUGUCACAACAUAACUUCCAUUAGGCUUUUACUCAAAAUGGUUUACAUGUUGAUUAGGCUAAGUUUGUUUUACUCCUGUAGAUGAUUUCCCAAGCUAGAUAUUGACAGAGGUUAUUUGGAUCACAAACAAGCAAUGCUGUUUUCAGUGGAAAAAUUGAAUUUUAAAGCAAGUCUGAGUGUUGGGCUAGGAAUCAGAAAUCACAUGGAGUAACAUACAUUAUUUUUGUGCUACAAAAAAUGUUAAGUAGUUAAAAAGUUAACUGAAUUUGAAGCAUAACCUUUUAAAGACAUGCAACACUGUGUGGUAUAAUUGUACAUUCAUGUAAAUGUAUCUUUUCAAAUCAUUGUGAGCAGAGAAGUCCCCUACUGGUCAGUAAUCAAUCGACAGUUAAGUCAUUUUUGAUUGACUUUUUAACAAUUUAAUUUGAAAUGGGACAAAUCUGAAUAUUCACCAAUUACUUUCUAGAUAUCCGGUUAAAUGUAGUGUUUUUAAAACAAAGCAAGCCAUUCUGAUUUUACAGAUGGCAGAAUUAGGUUUUGGCUUAAUGGAACUGUGAGGAUCCAGCAGCAACUGCGAUGGCCAGGAUUCCUUGUCCACCUUGUUUAAGCCUUAUAUCUUAUCCGUUAAGGAUGUUGCUUGACAUAGGGCUGGAUGCAUGGGCCCAUAUGAAGCCGACUCCUGGUCUCAAAAAGCACUUUUAAUGGAAACAUUGAGGAUGUUUUAGUCUUAGAGUAGGUUUAAUCAGGGUCUUUGCAACUGGCCCAUAAAUUUGCAUUUUAUACAGUGUAGUCCUUUUAAGUCUGUAUAAACGCUCUACUCUAAGUAGAUUGCACCAUCUGGACAUUAUUUAUUAUACAGUCUAUGACAGUGGAAAGGUAUUUGAGGUUUUGUUUUAUGAUAAAUCUGCUGUCUUAGUGUCUGCUUUGCCCUUCAUUUUCACUACCUGAAUUCUAAUCAUAUUUUUAUGAUGUGUAUGUCCCCUGGAUAUUUUGUACUCUUUGAAAACUUUUGUAAUUCAUAUUUCUUUGUAGCCUAAAGGAGUAAAAUGUAUGAUUAUUGGAGAUACUCAAGUACAGUAUGUUCCAGUUUAAUGAUUUUUUGGUUCCACAUUGCAUCAUGAGUGCCCAUACCCCACCCUUGGUUUCUCAAGUCAAGUUUUUGUUUUUGCAGAUUCUCCUUGCAUUGCAUUGAUCUGUUGUAAUUUUAAGCAGAUCUGAAAAGUCAAGAAUAAAAUAUAUUUUGAUAUUAAUAUAA